AUGAACAUCAACAAUAACUCACCGUUUGGAAUCUCAUCCACGGAGUCAAAGCGACUGCAGGCAAAACCCAAACAGAACCUUGCUUCCAUGCCGACUGAGCUCCUCCUCAUGCCCCCCAGCCUUGUCCCAGAAGGCAGCCUCGUCAAGAGAACGCUGGAUGCGGAAGACUUUCGAUUUCAUGCGGUGAGGGAGGUGGCGUACAAGUACAGACAGGGCAAGGCGGCCAAGCAAGGAGAAAUGAGGAUGGUGUUCUCGGAGAUUGGAAGCUUCAGCAAGGACUUGCAAGAGACGCUUGCGCAGGAGGCAAGAGGAGGCAAGACCGACAGGAGCGACCAUCUCUCGAGUAUCCUUGAAGACGUGCUUACCAACGACGAGGGGCUAGUAGCGAAGCCAUACCUUGCGUGGGCGAGCCGCGUACUCGGGGUACAGCACUUGUAUGCCGCCUUCCAGGAGAGGAUGGAAACGGAAAGACCACUGGCUGAGGACGACGUGGACGAGGAGGAAAGCGACGUGGGAAAAAGGAAGAGGGAGAGCACGGGGAUGGAGAUGUGCUCGGAGGAGGAGGAGGAGGAGGAGGAGAUGAGCUUAGCAGACAUGAUACAAGACUGGUGUAGGGACAAGCUGCCGGAGCUUGUCAGGAUGUGUGGGUUGUCGACUGGUGUGAGUGACCCUCCUCCUCCUCCUGCUGAGCUCACAGACAUCGCCACGUCUUUCCGCUCAGCAAUGUCUGAGAAGAUGGCAUCGCUGAGGACCGUCGUGCCGUCGAGAGACAAGGAGGGCAAGGAGAAGGAGGGCAGCAAGGGCAAGGAGGCGAGAUGA